AUGACUCUGUUGGUUCCACCAGGACAACUUCAAGUGCGGAACUUUCCCUUUAAAAAUCAAAAGCAUGACUUCUUCUCGCUGCUAGCUACACUAGCAUGUUUACGAGCAGCUCAGCCUGUACUGUUCCAGCACCCAGCACAAGUGGCCAGUGCUCGCUGGCCAGUCGGCUCUCGAUCUUGGGGUGGUAAACAGAUGCUAACUCUUCUAUUACUCUGCAUUUGUUCUACAGUAACAGCUCAUUACUGCCCACAUCCAUUCGUUCCCGAGAAUGGCCACGUUCUCUUCGACGGUCCCAAUUUUAACACACCAUUUCCCUCGAAUACGGUGGCAAAGUACAGUUGUGCUGCUGGCUUUGACAAGGUCGGCGGUACAGACGAGAGGAUCUGUGAGCAAUCCGGUUCUUGGAGUGGUGAAGCGCCUUCCUCUGGCACCUCUUCAGCGUCUGUCUCACGAGCGUUAUGCACCAUUUCGGAUAAUGUUCAAGGAUCAUGGUGGGAAGUCGAUCUUCUCAACUCUUAUGAAGUGCGUGGUGUUUCCGUUAGGCUUGGCAAGCAGUCAUCGCCCAUCAUGAACAUUUAUCUCAUACAACAGAAUGGCGAUUUACGGCAAUGCGAUAUAUCCGGCUACUCUUUCGUCGAAAAUGCUACCGUUUUCGUCAUGUGCGAGUCAACCAAAGUCGAGAAGGUUCGGAUCGUAGCCGAAACGAGAUUACAUCUUUGCGAAGCCAGAGUGUUCGCUACUAAUGCAGUAUCAGCAUGGCAGUGUUCGCAAACCAUGAUGGAUGUCUUGGGUGUCUUCGAUGGUUUAUGCUAUAGCGCAUCACGCGAAGAACGUGCCGAUUGGUUAGGAGCACAGAGAAAAUGCUUAGACAGAGGCGGUACUCUACCAAUGAAAAUGAGCGAGGUAUCGCAACGAGGAUUGCGAGCGGCACUUGCUGCCACUCCUUUCCAAAAGGAGUUCUACUGGAUAGGUGUCUCCUCAUCACUCACUGAUUGGCGCUGGGCUGAUGGUACUACCGUAGCCGAUGAAGAUGCAGAUUGGUCAAAUGCCAUGAUACUACCGUCUAAUCGAGCUGAAGCUGUGGUCCUGGCACGAUUGGCCGAGUGGCGAUGGAUACCUUCUGCGCAGAAUGUUUGGAACUCUUUCAUUUGUCAGAGCAAACUAAAGUCCUGCACUUAUCCUGGAGUCGGCGAAGCCGGACGCGUCUCAUUUUCCUCACAAAACCUUGCGAUCGGCUCGUUUUCGGUGUACACUUGCGAGGAAGGGUACGAACUGGAAGGUGAGGCCGAACGCAGUUGUGAAGAUGACGCACGGUGGAGCGGAACUAUACCUUUGUGCAAAAAGAAGAAGUGCGCUAAUGUGGAUAUAUGGAGUGGAGGUGGCAUCGUUCGACUGCUAAAUGGAACAAACGAAUAUGGAAAUGAGAUAGAGUACGAAUGCCUUACUGGCUGGAAGCUUAUUGGCGAUGGUCGUCGACGUUGUCAACAGGAUGGAACCUGGAGUGGGACUGCUCCCACUUGCAAAGUGGUUGACUGUGAAGAACCACCCGCUAUUCCUAACGGGAGCGUCGCAGCUACCAAGACCACAUUUGGAUCUUUAGCUAAUUAUUCGUGCCAGGAAGGUUACCGCCUAAUUGGGCACGCUUUCGUAACGUGUGGUGCGAAAGGAAUAUGGGAGCCAGCUAUACCGGUUUGCUAUGAUGUGGCCAAACUUCGUGAGCUGAAAUCUGAAUCAAACGAGAAUCACGCCGGUCUGGCUGUUCUAGUUGUUGUCUUAGGCUUAUUGUUGGUUUUUGCCGUUUUGAGAUAUUCCAAAACGAAUAGGAGCGUUGAGAUUAGUGAUAAGCCCUCUCAACAUUAUGGAGCUCCUAAUGUUAUUUAUGCAAUUCCUUCAAUGAUACCCAAUCGACCUGACUCAGUUGUCUACUAUGCGCCAAGUGCUCCUUUGACAAAAAUGGAACUACCCCCUCAUUUGUCAAAAAUGGAUUUGCCACCUCAUCUCAUCUCUUUGAAACCGUUGCCUGCUGGACAUUUCACAACCAUGCCAAUCAGCCGGCCACUAAUCCGCCCACAGCUCCCGAUCUUUUCCGCGUCACCAACUCCCUCUCAACUGCUUUAUUCUUUCGAUUACGAGCCUAUUUAUGAUGUUCCACCUGAUGUGGGAAAAUCUGACAAUACACCCGAGGAGAACAUCUAUGAAAAACUACCAGAUGUUAGGCCAGACUCGUAG